CGAUACCAGUGUACUUAUUGUCAAAAGGCCUUCUCGCGGCCUUCAUCUCUACGUAUCCAUACUUAUACUCAUACUGGCGAACGUCCUUUUGUAUGCGAUGCUCCCAAUUGUGGCCGUCGUUUUAGCGUGCAAAGUAAUAUGCGACGCCAUCUUCGAGUACAUCGAAUGGGCCGCCAAACCAAG